AUUAAUAUAAAAGUUUCAAAUUAAAAUAAAAUUAAGUGUAUUUUAUCGGCUAUUUAUUAAUUAAAAUAUUCUCAAAAUAAUUAUUAACCUCCGAAUUUUUUUUCCCAAAUAAAAAUUUUUACCUAUAUUUCCUAUCUUCCUAAGCUUUCUUCAUUUACCAAGCCAAAUUUUUAAUUCUCACUAAGGAUUUUUAACUAUUUUGGUUUAAAAUUCUUCUACUAUUAUACCUAAAUGUUUCAAAAAAUCUCCCGAUUUACGAUGACUUAGGAGAAUUCCCCAAACUGAAAUUUUUCGCAUUAUUAUCAGUAGAAUAUUUUUAAUUAUUAAAUAACUCUAUAGGAUUAAGUAAAGGCGGUUUGAAUUUGGUAGCCUUACUAUUUAAUUUUCCCUAACCUUAUUAUUAAAAUUAGCAAUCUUCUAUAUAUGUUUCGUUAAUUUUUUUAUUCUCUUAUAUUUUUGCAUUACUUUCUUUCCUUUUUAAUGCGAUUUCAUUUGCCCUUUAAUUAAUCCAAUUGUCUUUAAAAAUAUUAUUAUUUUCUUUAAAUUAUGAACUCUGAUAUAUUUUCUAACAAUCAAUAAAAUUUUAUAGUGAUAAUUUAUAAAUGACCGCCUAAUCCGAUAUGCAUUAAGCAUUUGUAACUCUAUAUAAUUUUUUAUUGAAGAUUUCAUCAACACCAAAAUAAGAAUUUUGAGAUAAAAUAGUUAAUGCAAUUGUUGUUUUAGGUUUUUAUUUAAUUAAUUGAUAUUAAUUAAAUUAUUCUUCUACUUUAUCAAUAUAUUCUAUUUUCAUAUUUUUAGUUAUUUCUAUUUCUCCAGAUUUUAUUAAAUAAAUAUCAGUUAUUAAGUCCCCUUCUUUAUAAAAAUAUCUAUUUUUAAGGAUUGUUUCUUCUUUAAAAUCUCUUAAAAGACUCAUUAAUUUGCUAUUAGGAAUAUAUUUAAAAAAAGCAAACUGCUUCAUAAAGUUAAUUUUGUUUAACAUUUUUUAUUUUUCUAAUUCUCCUAUUAUUUUAUCAAAGCCAUUUUUCGAUAAAACAAAUAAAUGUGUGUCUGUUUUACACACUAUAGACGCAGUUCUAUUUUAAAUAUAUAAUUUAUUCAUAUUUUAUAUUACCUUGGUAACGAAGUUAUUAAAGCAAUUUCUCCAAAAGAUUCCCAUUAAGAGAAAAUUUUGACCAACUUUCGAUCUGGAUAUUUAAUAGACAAAAAUUAAUUAUCAUCAAUGUUAUUAUCUUGUAAUUAAAUAGGCUAUUAUUAAUUUGAUGUAUUUUUAUCUUUUUAAAAUUUCGCUUAUUGCUAUUGCUAUUGUUAUUGUUAUUGUUAUUGUUAUUGCUAUUGCUAUUAUUAUUAUUGUUAUUAUUAGUGUUAGUGUUAGUUUUAGUGUUAGUGUUAGUUUUAUUGCUAGUGUUAGUUUUAGUGUUAGUGUUAGUUUUAGUGUUAGUGUUAUUAAUUUU